AUGUUUAACCCACUGCGACUGCUCAUGUGUUUGCUUGCCUUCUUGGCAGAGCCACUUCUGAUAAGAAUAGAGAACCAUCUCGAAUGUACUGGAAGAUGGAAGAUGGCCCAACGACUGCGCGAAAAGCAAAGCUCCUGGCGAAUGAUUGAUUUCACGGAAACUCGUGAGAUAGUGCUAACCAAUAUCGAGAAUGAUAUGACACGUCGUGGAAUGCUGCAAAAAGAAGCAUUUCUGAAAGAUGAAUACCGGCAAAUUAACAAAACAGAGCCAUCUGAAGGUGGCAGCAGUGAGCAACUCGAAGCAUGUCACAAAGAACUAGACAAUUUGGAUUGGCAGAUCUGGCGAACCGAACGAAUAGAUUAUGUACACACGUCAAAAAUGCCAGAAUCGCCUUGGAGACGCGCGUUGCUUACGAGACGGAAGCACCCCGAAUGGUACAUGAUGAAAUAUCUUCGUUGGGACUGUGCUGAGAGAGGAGGAUGCUGUGGCCGCGACUGUGGAUGUUGCAAGCAGCCGCGGAGUACGAAACGCCCUAAUGCCUUGAGUCACUGCACGGCUGAGUGCGACUGUUGCACUCUAUUUCGGGGAUUCGAGCUGUCCGCCGAGGAUCAGAAACUGGCUAACCCUUAG